UGGCGCCAACGGUGCAUUGUGGGUGAGAACCCAAGAUGGCGGCGCCCGAGCAGCAGUGCUGAUGUUCCGAGCCUGAGUGAGACUUUCUGGGACUUCUGGGACUUCGUGAGACAUUUCCACGCCAAACUUCGCACUCACCUGUCGGCCCCGACUGUCGCCGAGUGCGCGCGCUAGCUGGCUCGGCUGUGGCAGAGCGUCCGCGUGAAGAUGGGCCUGGUCUGCAGCCUCUUCCCAUAGCCAGGCGCCGCGGCUCGGCCUGCAAGCACGCCGCCGCCGGCCUCCCGCUCGACGGCCUCCUCUACCGACUGUGGACGCUGUCCUACAACCUCCUCCACGCCCUUGUCUGCGCUACCGUGUCCCUCAUCGGCCCCCGGCGGAGAGCUUUCCCGGCCAUCCUGGACAUUCCCUGCACGCCAAGGGUCCUGAUGAAAAUGGAUACGGACUUGCUUCUUUCAACUCUGGGCUUCUCGGAGGAGGAGCCUGACAUGAAUGACUGGGAGCUGCCCUUGGCCUUCAUGAAGAAACGGCACUCUGAGAAGAUUGAGGGCUCCAAGGCGCUAGCGCAGAGCUGGAGGAUGAAGGACAGGAUGAAGACUGUGAGUGUCGCCCUGGUUUUGUGUCUAAAUGUCGGGGUGGACCCCCCGGAUGUGGUCAAGACAUCACCCUGCGCUCGGUUGGAAUGCUGGAUUGAUCCUCUAUCGAUGAGUCCACAGAAAGCCCUGGAGACCAUUGGGGCAAACCUGCAGAAACAAUAUGAAAACUGGCAGCCAAGGGCGCGUUACAAACAAAGCCUGGACCCGACCGUGGAUGAGGUGAAGAAGCUAUGCACGUCGCUGAGACGCAACGCCAAAGAGGAGCGGGUUCUCUUUCACUACAAUGGUCACGGGGUUCCACGGCCCACAGUCAAUGGAGAAAUUUGGGUUUUCAAUAAGAACUACACCCAGUACAUCCCGUUGUCCAUCUACGACCUUCAAACCUGGAUGGGGAGCCCGUCCAUUUUCGUCUAUGACUGCUCUAAUGCGGGAAUCAUCGUCAAGUCCUUCAAACAGUUUGCCCUGCAGCGAGAGCAGGAGCUCGAGGUGGCCGCCAUCAACCCCAGCCAUCCACUUGCACAGAUGUCGCUGCCACCUUCCAUGAAGAACUGCAUCCAGCUCGCUGCCUGUGAGGCCAGCGAGUUGCUCCCGAUGAACCCUGACCUCCCUGCUGACCUCUUCACCUCCUGCCUCACCACACCCAUCAAGAUUGCCCUGCGGUGGUUUUGUAUGCAGAAGAGCUCCAAGUUGGUGCCAGGUGUUACGUUGGACCUCAUUGAGAAGAUCCCCGGCAGGCUCAACGACAGGCGCACUCCCCUCGGAGAACUGAACUGGAUCUUCACGGCCAUUACUGAUACCAUCGCCUGGAACGUGCUGCCCAGAGAUUUGUUCCAGAAGCUGUUUCGCCAGGACCUUCUGGUGGCCAGUUUGUUCCGCAAUUUCCUUUUAGCCGAGAGGAUAAUGAGGUCGUACAACUGCACACCAGUCAGCAGCCCACGCUUGCCUCCAACGUACAUGCACGCCAUGUGGCAAGCGUGGGACCUGGCUGUGGAUAUCUGCCUGUCUCAGCUGCCGACCAUCAUCGAGGAGGGCACAGCGUUCAGGCACAGUCCUUUCUUUGCAGAGCAGCUGACAGCAUUUCAGGUGUGGCUGACGAUGGGUGUGGAGAACCGGAAUCCUCCUGAGCAGCUUCCGAUUGUUUUGCAGGUCCUCCUGAGUCAAGUGCACAGGCUUCGGGCUCUUGACCUUCUUGGACGCUUUCUGGAUCUUGGACCCUGGGCUGUCAGUCUGGCUUUGUCUGUUGGGAUCUUUCCGUACGUGCUGAAGCUACUCCAGAGCUCAGCCAGAGAGCUGCGACCGCUGCUGGUUUUCAUUUGGGCCAAAAUCCUGGCUGUGGACAGCUCUUGUCAAGCUGACCUGGUUAAAGACAACGGUCACAAGUAUUUUCUCUCCGUGUUGGCGGACAGCUACAUGCCAGCUGAACAUCGGACCAUGGCUGUCUUCAUUUUGGCAGUUAUUGUAAACAGCUACAGCACGGGACAGGAGGCAUGUCUGCAGGGCAACUUAAUAGCAAACUGCCUGGAGCAGCUCUCGGACCCCCACCCCCUUCUACGUCAGUGGGUUGCCAUAUGCCUGGGACGCAUCUGGCAGAACUUCGACCCGGCCCGAUGGUGUGGAGUACGGGACAGUGCGCACGAGAAACUCUACAUUUUGCUGUCUGAUCCAAUCCCUGAGGUGCGGUGUGCGGCUGUCUUCGCUCUCGGUACCUUUGUGGGGAACUCUGCUGAGAGGACGGACCACUCCACCACCAUCGACCACAAUGUGGCCAUGAUGCUCGCCCAGCUCAUCAACGACGGCAGUCCCGUGGUCCGCAAGGAGUUGGUGGUCGCACUGAGUCAUCUGGUGGUCCAGUACGAAAGCAAUUUCUGUACCGUUGCCCUUCAGUUCAUAGAAGAGGAGAAGAACUACACGGUGCCGUCACCAGCUAACACAGCAGAGCCUGGUAACUUGACUCCAGUGAGAGACAGCCCAGGGAUCCCACGUCUGCGAUCUGUAAACUCUUACACCAACAUCCGUGCAGUCACCACUGCCCGCAACCUCAACAAGAGCCUGCAGAACCUCAACCUCAACGAAGAGGGUGCACCGGCAGCCUUCUCUCCUGGAAACCUCAGCACCAGCAGCAGUGCCAGCAGCACCCUGGGAAGUCCCGACAAUGACGAGUACAUCCUCUCCUUCGAGACCCUGGACAAGAUGCGACGGGUGUCUUCUUACUCCUCCCUCAACUCACUUAUAGGUGUGUCCUUCAACAGUGUUUACACUCAAAUCUGGAGAGUGCUGCUACACCUUGCUGCGGACCCUUUUCCUGAAGUGUCUGACCUGGCCAUGAAGGUUCUUAACUGCAUUGCAUACAAGGCAAUGAUGAACACUCGGCCUCAGAGGAUUCUGGAUUCUGGUUCCCUCACCCAGUCUGCACCAGCCAGCCCCACCAGCAAAGGCACUCACAUCCAUCAUGCAGGUGGAUCUCCUCCCAUGCCCAGCACCAGCAGCUCAAGUCUGACCAACGAAGUGCCCAAACCUCCCACAAGAGACCAACCGGCCACCCGCCCCCCUUACACGCCCACAAUUGGAGGACAGGCACCCCACUCCCACCAAUUCCCCCGCACUCGCAAGAUGUUUGACAAGGGACCAGAACAGGCUGCUGAGGACGGAGACGAGCCUUGUGGGCACAGAAACUACAUCAGCGCCACCCUCCAGACAGGUCUUUGUGACUGGAGUGCCAAGUACUUUGCCCAGCCAGUCACCAAGAUCCCAGAGGAGCAUGACCUGCAGAGUCAGGUGAGGAUGGAGCGGCAGUGGAGGUUUCUGAGGAACACUCGCGUCAGAAAGCAAAGUAGGAGCAUCACACAAAGAGGUGUUUCUCGGCUCGACGAUCAAAUAUUCAUCAAUCGCAAUCCCGGAGUUCCCUCCGUGGUCAAGUUCCACCCGUUCAACACCUGCAUCGCCGUGGCCGACAAGGACAGCAUCUGCUUUUGGGACUGGGAGAAAGGCGAGAGGCUGGACUACUUCUACAACGGCAACCCUCGCUACACCCGCAUCACCGCGAUGGAGUACUUGAACGGACACGACUGCUCGCUGCUGCUGACCGCAACAGACGACGGCGCCUUGCGUGUUUGGAAGAACUUUGCUGACCAGAAGAAUCCGGAAAUGGUGACGGCGUGGCAGGGCCUGUCCGACAUGCUGCCCACCACCAGAGGUCAGCCCUCCUCCACCAGCACUCACAGUUUGGCCAGAAGGGUCUCCAUCUAUCUGGACCGGAGUAAGCAAGGAGGUGCAGGCAUGGUCGUGGACUGGGAGCAGGAAACCGGUCUCCUCAUGACGUCCGGAGAUGUCCGGAUUAUCCGGAUCUGGGACACUGACAGAGAGAUGAAGGUUCAGGACAUCCCGACGGGAGCCGACAGCUGCGUGACCAGCCUGUCAUGUGACUCCCAGCGCUCCCUCAUUGUCGCCGGCCUGGGUGACGGGUCUGUGCGGGUCUUUGACAGGAGAAUGGGUCCCAAUGAAUGUCGCAUCAUGACCUACAGGGAACACAGCGCCUGGGUGGUCAAAGCCCACCUCCAAAAGGAGACCAACGGCCACAUAAUCAGCGUCAGUGUCAACGGAGACGUGCGGUUCUUCGAGCCCCGCACACCGGACUCUGUCAACGUGCUGCAGACGGUGAAAGGCUUGACGGCGCUGGACAUCCAUCCACAGGCCAACCUCUUUGCUUGUGGCUCGAUGAACCAGUUCAUCGCGCUGUACAACGCCAGCGGUGACGUGAUCAGCAACAUCAAAUACUACGAUGGUUUCAUGGGACAACGGAUCGGCGCCAUCAGCUGUUUAGCCUUCCAUCCUCACUGGCCUCACCUGGCAGUGGGCAGCAACGACUACUACAUGUCCAUCUACUCCACUGAGAAGAGGCUCAGAUAACACCCUCCCCUCCCGCCUCCCUCGCCAACACUCUGACUCGACACCUUGUAAAUCAUCUUGUACAUAUGUCAUCAGCCCCUGAAUGUUGCAGCCACGGCUGCUGACAUAUAUAUAUAUAUACAUACAUAUAUACAUAAUUAUAUUAUUAUUCCCGUUAUGAUGAAGCUAAUGAUUGUAGUGCUGAGGCGUGUGUAUAUUUAGAUAGGUCCUAUUUUAAAGAAGCGGUACCCACCAAUCAGCGAGCAUCCCUCCGUCACACUCGGUAAGACGAGUGGAAGGACUGAACGUUGGAGUCAUCUUGUAAAAAAAAACGUGAGGACCCCCCAUUGACUUUCUAAAGAGUUCAUUGUUGUUUUUUCUUCUUUCCAAGAACGACUUUUUUUGUUUCUCCAGCCAAACUAGAUAUGCAAAUGAAAAGACAGUCACCAACCCCCCCCCCCGCCCCCCUCCCCCCUCCCCCUCAGUGCCGUCCACCCGACUCUGCAUAACAACGGACCUCCGAGGUAAACAAUCCUAAAUGUGUCACUGUUACAUAAGAUGCAAUAAUGUCACUCUUCAAACGCUGGACUUUUAGGCCACUUUUACAUCUUUCCUCCUUUUUGCAUGUCCGUUUUCUUUUUUUAUGUUUGGCUUUUAUUGCCAGAAGUGGUUUAGUGUCUCUUGCUUCCCGAACCUCACUCAGGUACCGUAACAGCCUCAAGAGCACCGAGGAGCAUUCAUGUUCACGCUCGCACACAAACUUAGUUUGGCUUGUUUUUUUUUGUUUUUUUGUAAUAAUGUUUUGUUUUUGCAAUGUUUAGUCUUUAGUUGGGCUGGUGUGCCUUUGUCUGAGUGAGGUGAGUGCUAACUUUACUGUCACACACUCUUCACCCCCUUAAAUGGAAUGACGUCGCUCAUUUAGUACACACACACACACACGCUGGGACAAAAAGAUGCGUCGGCAUGUGACCUCUGCUAAGAAUGAUCAAGUUUUAGAUUUUUAGAGACUUCAAAUAGUGACAGGGGAGAUGUGCACUUUGUCCUGGUUUAUCAAACAGGUGAUGAAAUAAACAAAAUACAACCACGUA